CAGUUCAUCUGCAGUAUGAGAGAGAAGAGAGGAAAGAUGAGUCUCUCACAGAAACAGAGUGUAAGAUCAGGAUCACAUGUGUCCAGCUCUGUGUCUGUGAAGAGUGACCGGUCAAAAGAUGGUGUGCCACCGAACUUCAGUGAGAAAAAAACAUCAUCUACCAAAAGUGUAAGAUCAGACUCACAUGUGUCCAGCUCUGUGUCUGUGAAGAGUGACUGGUCAAAAGAAGGUGUGACACCGAACUUAAGUGAGAAAAAAACAUCAUCUACCAAAAGAGUUCAGUAUGAGACAUUAGAUUCAGACGUCCAGACUCACAGGAACUACAAGAAUUUCAAAGACAAUCUCCUGCAGAUCUUCCAGGAUCUUGAAAGCAAAAUUAUCACAUUUCUGAAGAAUGAGCUGCAAAAGUUUAAGAAAAUAUUACAAAAAGAAGACUUAGACUACUUUGUGAAGGACUUUAAUGAGAACAGAUGCACAAACAAAGAAGCAGCUCUUGAUCUCACGCUCUGCUUCCUGAGAGAGAUGAAGCAAGAUGAAGCUGCUGAUACUCUAGAAAAUGAGCUGUUCUUCAUUCAUCAGCUAAAGUGUAGCCUAAAGAAGAAGUAUCAAUGUGUGUUUGAAGGAAUUGCAAAGCAAGGUGACUCUACACUUCUGAAGAACAUCUACACAGAUCUCUAUAUCACUCAGGGUUGUAGUGAACAGGUCAAUACUGAACAUGAGGUGAGACAGAUUGAAGUUGCUUCCAGACGUCAUGAAUCACAGGAGAUACAGGUUGAGUGCAAAAAUUUGUUUGAAGCACCUGAACAAGACAAACAGAUCAGAACUGUACUGACAAAAGGAGUUGCUGGCAUCGGAAAAUCAGUCUCUGUGCAGAAGUUUGUUCUGGAUUGGGCCGAAGGAAAAGAAAAUCAAGAUAUCAGCUUCAUAUUUCCUCUUCCAUUCAGAGAGAUGAACUUAAAGGAGCAAGAAAAACUAAGUUUGAUGGAUCUUAUAACUCAGUUUUUCCCAGAGACAAAAGGACUGAAGCUUACAAGAAGAAAUCAAUUCAAAGUCUUGUUCAUUCUUGAUGGAUUGGAUGAAUGUCGACUUCCUGUAAACUUUAAGGAUAAUGAGACGAAGAAGAAGAAAAGUAUAUUUGUUCGUGAGUCUACAAAACAGAAAAAUAAAAGUAAAAACAUGAUUGAUUUGCUCAAGACUGCAGUGGACAAGGCACUAGAGAGUGAUAAUGGACACCUGGAUCUUUUUCUUCGAUUCCUCCUUGGUUUGUCAAUCCAGGCCAAUCAGAGACUCUUACAGGGUCUGUUGACACAGAAAAAUAGAAAUCAGCAGAGCAAAGAGGAAAUAGUUCGGUACAUCAAGCAGAAAUUUGAAUCUAAUCUGUCUCCAGAGAGAUCCAUCAAUCUGUUCUACUGUCUGAAUGAACUGAACGACCAAACUCUGGUGAAAGACAUUCAGACCCACCUUAGCAAAGGAAGUCUCUCAUCUGCUGAUCUUUCACCUGCC